CAGGGCCCUCUGGCUUUUGGGGAGUUCCACGCCGACAGAGAUGAAGACAAGUCAAGGAUGCAGCUCACGGCAAAAGUGGCAGCCAUGGCUGGUCAUGCUGAACUGUGAAGCAGCCAAAUGGAAAGCACCUGGGACUACUUGGUUCAACUGCCUGUUCCACAAUCCAGCACUCGCAGGCUCUUAAACCCAAAGCACGCGGCUUCUCGCAGGUGCCAGCCCCACCCCACGAGGGAUCUCCUCCUUCGCUCCUCCCACCUGACCCUUCGCCCCGCCCAUUGGGCGCGUCGUCGUUACGGCAGCGCGCCGUCGCCGAAGGCCGGCAGCAAAUGAGCGCAGGCGGCGGCGGCCCUCCGUCGUACCCUCGCAGGCGCAUGCGCGCUCGUGCCGGGCGCUCCUGAAGACCUGGCGGAGCCCGGCGCGGAUGGAGGCCUGAGGGCGGCGGGGGCGGAGCGCACCGCGAGCUGGGGGCAUGUCCGCGGCGGGCGCCGUCUAGAGGAGGGCCGAGCAGCCGCCACCACGCUCUCAGUCGCGGCGAGACGCAAGCGAGCCAGGCCUAGGGCCGCGGCGGCGAUGCAGCGACGGCGGCGCCCUCCGCCGCCAGCUUCUCAGCUGCCCGAGGGCUGCGGGGGAGGCGGCGGCGGCCGCGGCGGGAGCGAGGAGGUGGAAGUGCAGUUCUCCGCCGGGCGUUUGGCCUCGGCCGCGGCGGUUUCGGCGGCGGCGACGGCCGCGCGCAGCACGGAGGAGGAGGAGGAGCGGCUCGAGCGCGAGCACUUCUGGAAGAUCAUUAAUGCCUUCCGCUACUACGGCACCAGUAUGCAUGAGCGAGUGAACCGAACAGAAAGACAAUUUCGAUCACUUCCAGAUAAUCAACAGAAACUACUUCCUCAGUUUCUUCUUCACUUGGACAAGAUUCGGAAAUGCAUUGAUCAUAAUCAAGAAAUACUACUGACCAUUGUGAAUGAUUGCAUACAUAUGUUUGAAAAUAAAGAAUAUGGAGAAGAUGGGAAUGGAAAGAUUAUGCCAGCAUCAACAUUUGACAUGGAUAAGUUAAAAUCUACACUGAAACAGUUUGUGAGAGACUGGAGUGAGACUGGGAAAGCAGAGAGGGAAGCCUGCUACCAACCAAUCAUUAAAGAAAUUUUAAAAAAUUUUCCGAAAGAAAGAUGGGAUCCUUCUAAAGUAAAUAUUCUGGUACCUGGUGCUGGACUAGGAAGACUGGCCUGGGAAAUAGCUAUGCUAGGUUAUGCUUGUCAAGGAAAUGAAUGGAGUUUUUUUAUGCUCUUUUCUUCCAACUUUGUACUCAACAGAUGUUCUGAAAUUAAUAAAUAUAAGCUUUAUCCCUGGAUCCAUCAGUUUAGCAAUAACCGGAGGUCAGCUGAUCAGAUUCGACCUAUCUUUUUCCCUGAUGUUGAUCCCCACAGUCUUCCUCCUGGUUCUAAUUUUUCUAUGACAGCAGGAGAUUUUCAGGAGAUCUACUCAGAAUGCAAUACCUGGGACUGUAUUGCUACCUGUUUCUUCAUAGACACAGCUCACAAUGUCAUUGAUUAUAUUGACACAAUAUGGAAAAUACUCAAGCCAGGUGGAAUUUGGAUAAAUCUAGGUCCUCUGCUGUACCACUUUGAAAAUUUGGCAAAUGAACUUUCCAUAGAAUUGAGCUAUGAAGAUAUAAAAAAUGUCGUUCUGCAGUAUGGAUUCCAGGUGGAGGUGGAAAAAGAAUCUGUCUUGUCAACAUAUACUGUGAAUGAUCUCUCCAUGAUGAAAUACUACUAUGAAUGUGUCUUGUUUGUGGUCCGUAAACCACAGUAACGUUCUCAAGUGGUAUCAGCAGAAAAAAGUUUGAUAAGAGCAAAGGCUGAAAUAAACAACUCAAAAUCAACUAUCCCAAUGACAGGACACAACCUCAAAUCAGUGGUGCCUUCUUAUUCCUAACAAAAUUUAGAAAUAGCGUCUAUUUUCUUAAUACGUCUAUUGCUUUUUCAGAAAUAUACUAUGCCAUGCAUAUUUGUACUACAGAAGUAAAAAUGGAGGAAAUGUCUUCAAGUAUACUUUUUCCUUGAAGCCCAGAAUUGUCUUUCAGUAGAAAAAACUUUAUCUCCAGUGGUCUUCAUGAAGCUGUCUGUUGCCAGUCUGCCAUACUAAUGACUACUAGUGUUGAAGUCCCCCAAAUCUCUGUUUUGUGUGCAUUGCACAGGUUAUUUUUAAAAGAGUCUGAGGAUCCUCUGUCACAUUCAGCAUCUGGAAUUGGGACUUUUGUUUGUGUUGGACCUAAGCAAUCCAUACAUAGAAUGUGUGUCUGUCCUCUUAUCAUUCAAAUUAUUUUUUUUCUAGCUCAGCUGAACUUAGAGAAGCAUCAACCAUUCAUUUUUAUGAAAUGCUGAAUUUAAUAAGAUCACAGGCCAGUAUAAUGCAUUCAGGCAUUCAAGUAACUGAGAAAUUUGUCUUUUGGGCACACUAAACUGAACACUAUUUGAAAGCAUACUCAUCAUGAAUCACUCUGAAAUGUACGAGAUCUCAACACCCUUAAGUGAGGCACAAAAGCCUUUAUUCAAGGUACUGCUCGGAAAAUGGGGAAAUGAGAAUAAAAUCUACCAUUUGAAAUGUAUGAUUUUAAACUAGAAGUGAAUACAGUCUGUCAGUGAAUGUUUACAAUAAUGUCUUUUCUUUAAAUUACCUGGAUCACAAAAGCAAGCACUUUUUUUUUUUUUUUCUUUCAGUUAAACGGUCAUGAUGGUAUCACCGUGGGGAAAUUCUGAAUGUGAAAUUCAGGGAUAAAUUACUGCCCAUGGUAGUAAUUUAAUAUUGUGUCUUCAAUAUUGUAAGAAGCAGCCGUUCAUGUGAUUUCAGAUUAACACCAAUUUUGUUCCCUGAUAGCUGGAGUUAAAACAGUAUCUGCUGCUUUAAAUUUCUACCUCUAGCAGAUCUUUCCUAUUGGAGGGUGUUUUCCUUUGUGUUUUUUGUAUGUUUAUUUUGUUUCCAGUAGCUUGGAAAGCAGAGAUGACUAAUUUCAUGUUUUAACCUUUCUUGGGAAAAGGAAGUACUCUUGUUGGAUAUUUUCACAGGUGAUUAUGAUGGCAUUAAAUGACCUCUGUGGCAAUUUGAAUUAGAUAGACUUAAUUUCAAUAACGUGCUGUAGGAUUAAUGUCAUGUUCUAAUAGGAAAACUUACUUGUGAAUCUUUAGGCCGUUUUUGUUAGUUAGGUUGGGGGAGUCUGCGCAGUUUGGCAUCUUACUAGUAGGAGCUUUUCCGUGGACAGUAAGGAGCUCUUGUGGCCUUUGGUCCUGUUAUGCAGUAAAGGGCCCUGUGAAGGUUAUUUGACUUGCUAAAUUGUGGAAGCCUGUAGCCUCUUGAGUUAAAAAAAAACAAAAACAACCCAAAAACGAUUUCUCUUUUUUGUCUCCCCCCCUCCCAUACUUGACAGAUGUUCAGUUAUUAGAAUUCUCAUUAACUACCACAUGAAUGAAUUUUAAAUUAAUUGGUAGGGGGAAAAUAUCCAAAUUUGGUUUUGUUUAAGAAAAAAAAGCUUAAAAGGAUCCUAAGUAUUUAAAAAAUCCAUUGAAAGGAAAGGAAUGCAUGCUAUUUUUGAGUACUGUAGAAAGGCCUUUUAUUCACUGACUGGUAUUCACUUUUUUACUUGUAUCAGAACAAAUGAUCUUGUUUUUCUCAUAGAGGCAAAAAUAUGUUGACAGCAGGGAGUUGGCUUUAUUACUUAAAAUUUUGGCUAUCAGGUUUUAUUCUUUAAUAAUGUUACUUAUAUUUCUAAAUUAUAGCUUACGUUUUAGUUAAUUCUGCAAUCAGUUAUUUCAUUUGUUUUUAAUUUCUCAUAUCAUGACUACUGUUUUUCAAAUACUCUACACAAAUUUGCAUCACUUUUUUUUCUCCUUGCUUUUGUAGUUAAUGUAUUCUAAACUUGAAAAUUGUGGUAUCAAUCAGUAAUAGAAGUGUCACUGGAGGAUUUAAUUUUGUAUUUCUUAUGUGUAAUCCUAGCUACUAAAGUAUGUAAGCCUUAAAAAUUUUUGUUCUUUUUCCUUAUAUUAGCUCUAUAUACAAAUGUUUUCAUUCAUUUUCAUAAAGCAGGAGGAGAUAGGUCAUUGUGCUUGCUUUCCCCCCCCACCCCCCCACCCCCCCCAUAUUCUGAAGCGGUGCAGGUUAGGGUAUUUUAAUCAAGUGAGCAAGAUGGGAAAUGUAAAAUAUAGAGAAGCUGUAUAAAUCACAGUAUAAAAUUAUGAAGUUUGGGAACUGUAAAAUGUACUGUAUUUAUAUGUAAUUCUCAUUCUAAAAGUUGCCACAAAGGCUGAAUUGGAAGCUUCAUGUCUGCAUGAAAUUUCCUAUAUUUUUAAUGUGUAUGAUGGACUUAAUUUUUCUUGAAUAUUAAAGUCUGCCAAUUGCUACGAAACAG